GGGUAUUUCCAAGUUUUUGCAACAAGUCCACGAUUCCGUUGUUAGCCGAGCACGCAGUGUUAAACCACAACACAAUACAGGUUUCGGCGCUUUCUGUAAAACAUGUCUGGGAAACUGGAGCCGUCCACGUACCUUUUCGAUGUGCCGCCGCUGUUAAUGGAGACACUUUGUAAAGUGAUGGACAGCGGCUUGGACAGCCUCGGAUGGAGAGGUUUGGCGGCUCGGAUUCUGCCCAGCUGGCUGGAGGUCAGGUGCUCGGAGAUGUACGCAGCUGCCGGGAAGAGCCCGACUCAUGAGCUGCUCUGGUCCUGGGCUCAGCAGAACAAAACUGUGGCGGACCUGAUGAGGGUUUUGGAAGAGAUGGGACACUAUCGAGCACUCGAUCUGUUCCGUUCUCACGACUCACACAAAGACACACCACAUCCCUCUUCAGCCCAGAACAUUUCUAAGCCUCGACCUCACAAUAAAGAACCAAACCUGGGUUCAGAUCCUCACCAUGAGUGUGUGUUUGAUAAAGGCACACGACAGAAGGUUGUGAUUACUUACUCAGAAGUCAUAGAGGGAACUAGGAACUUCCAUGAUGAUUUGAAAAUCGGAGAAAGCACAUUUGCAGAGGUUUACCGGGGAAGACGAGGAAAUGAAAGCUUUGCUGUGAAGGUUUUCAAGCAGGGGAACAAGCAGUCUUGGAAGGCUUUGUGGGAAAAGUUCAAAACAGAAAUUGAAGUUCUACAGUUCUAUGAUCAUCCCAACAUCCUGGAGCUUUGGGGUAGUUUUUCAGAGGAUGAUCGCUACUGUUUGGUCUGUCCAUUCAUGUCUAAUGGAUCUCUGUUUCAUAGACUGCAUAAUGAGGAAACCGAGAGGCCUUUAAUGUGGCAGGAGAGACUUGACAUUAUAAAAGGUACAGCAAAGGCUGUACAUCAUUUGCAUACCACCCAGCCUUGCAAGGUUAUCUGUGGAAACAUCUCAAGUUCAAACAUUCUACUGGAUGAACAUUUGCAGCCCAAGCUGUCUAAUUUUGGAAUGGCUCGUCUCAGACCCCACACAGUUAACCAGAGCUGGACCAUCACCAUGGACACAGGCCCCCGCAGCAACAUGGCCUACUUACCAGAGGAGUAUAUACGUGAUGGCAAACUAUCUGUCAAAUUAGACAUUUACAGCCUUGGCAUGGUCAUUCUGGAGACAUGCACAGGCAAGAAAGUGAUGCAGGAGACACCAAAGCAAACAUUAUUGAGGGAUGUGCUGAGUUUAGAGGCAGAAGAGAAGGGCUGUGUGGAUGCCUGCCUGUGCUUUUUGGACUCCAGAGCAGGACAGUGGCCCACUACAGUUGCCCUCUGCCUGCUCCGUCUGGGCCUGGAGUGUACAAGCAGUCGAGCCCGAGCCAGACCAAGCAUGGACAAUGUGUUAGAGAAGCUUAGCGAGCUUCUCCCUUUGCCUUAUGCCCUGGAUGAGCAGCCACGGACCCUGGAUGACACGACCCCACCUUUCAUACCUCUCGCUGAUCAUAGGCAGACCUCCAGCCUGCCUGAAGAAGAUGAUGAAAUGAUGAAGCCUAAGCACCAUGAACAGUCAGAACCCCGAGAGUGUAGCCAGUCAGAGGUCAUUUUUGUGGGCAAGAAGGAUGGCUCUGUCAUGAAUGGAAGGAGAGAGGAUGCAGCUGUGCAGUGCUUUCAGACAGAGUCCACCCCUGUAUUGGAUCUAUACAGCAGCUGGCCUGUUGAGUGUAGCUGCGCAGCCGGAGCAGAAAUGGAAUGUGAGGACUGUUGUGCCAAUGGCUUUAGCCACAAUCCAUCAUUCAUCCCUCAAGAUGACAGAAGACAGACAUCUGAAAGGACAGUUGAAAAUCCUGCUAAAAUGAGGCUUCGGUGUAAAAUCCAGUUGUACAAUCAAGGCUUACUCAAGACAGAGGAACUUCUUUCAAUGACACAAGACUGAUUCUGUCACUUUGUAUUGUCCAUAUCUGGGGUUGUACAUAUUUCAGCAAUGUACAAUGUACAAUCAACACUUCAAUUGCCAAACGGUUUUUUUUCUGUUACGUAGACCACAAACUCAGUUAUUUAAGUUUCCAAAUGCUGUAAUAAAUCAGGACUUUUUCAAAAUAUUGUAUUCUAUGAUUAUGCAAGUUUGUAUAUUUUAAAAUGUUGAGUAUUUUGUCUAUAAAACAGAGUGAAAUUUUAA